AUGAAGUAUGCCGAGAUACUAACCAGAGUGAAGAAGGAUAUCCACCCGGAGCAGGCGUUGGGAUGCGUUGACAAAAUACGCAGAACAGCUAGAGGGGACAUGCUUAUCGUCCUAACGAAAGACAGCACCAGCAAAGCCCAGGUAUUGCAAACGACCAUAGCCUCCCUCCUCGGAGAACAGGCUGAGGUUCUUAGCAAGGGGCCUCAGAAGAAUAUCGAGAUCAAAGAUCUUGAUUAUAUGACGACAAAGGAGGAAAUUCUGGAAGCUCUGGUGAAAAUAGCGGGCAACGUGGUCCAAAUUACGCUGGACGUCAUGAAGUCCCUGCGAAAAGCCUGCGGAGGGAUACAGACGGCGUUGGUGACGCUGCCGGUGCUUGUAGCGAAGAAGAGCGACCAUGGUAAAAUUCGGAUAGGCUGGGUUAAUUGCCGAGUGAGGAAGGUGGAGCGACCGCCUAACUGCUGCAAGUGCUGGCACUACGGACAUAUAUCCACGAAGUACACGAGUAUAGUUGACCACUCCAAGCUCUGCAUCAAAUGCUCAACAUCCGGCCACAAGGCUUCAGACUGCACGGAGCAGCCCCAAUGCUCCUUAUGCGCCGAGAAGGGUAACACGGGAAAUUGUGCCCACAUUGCUGGCAGCAGUAGAUACCCAGUAUAUAAAGAGGCACUCCAGAAGAUCCUCAAUAAGCGACGAUGA